AUGGAGGUCAACUCCACAGAAGCCAGCAGCAGCUCCCAGGGAGGCACCGGCUGUCUGGAUUUUCCCCUUGUCACUUUUACUGAAACGGUGACUUUCACAGAAGCGGUGGCAGAAGAGGAGUGGGGAUCCUUUUACUAUUCCUUUAAGACAGAGCAGCUGGUGACUCUUUGGAUUCUCUUUAUUGUCACAAUUGCUGGAAAUGCCAUCGUGCUCUUCUCUACCUGGAGGAGGAAGCGGAAAUCUCGAAUGACCUACUUUGUUACUCAGCUGGCAAUCACAGAUUCAUUCACAGGACUCAUCAACAUAAUGACUGACAUCAUUUGGCGCUACACUGGAGAUUUUAUGGCCCCUGAUAUCGUUUGCAGGGUCGUUCGCUACUUCCAGGUGGUCCUUCUCUAUGCGUCCACUUAUGUCCUCGUGUCACUAAGCAUAGACCGGUAUCAUGCCAUAGUUUACCCCAUGAAGUUCUUGCAAGGAGAAAGGCAGGCAAAAGUGCUUAUUGGAGUGGCCUGGAGCCUUUCCUUCCUGUUUUCCAUACCCACUCUGAUUAUUUUUGGGAAACGGCAGCUCUCCAACGGGGAAGUGCAGUGCUGGGCUCUCUGGCCUGAUGACUCCUACUGGAUCCCCUACAUGACAGUUGUGGCUUUCCUGGUGUAUUUCAUUCCUCUGAUCAUUAUCAGUGUCAUAUACUCAAUCGUGAUUCGAACCAUCUGGAUGAAGAGCAAAGCUCAGGCUGUCAUCAUAUCCAGCUGUCCUGGUGGCAAAACCUCCCGUGGCUACAGCAGUCGUGGGUUCAUAUCCAGGGCGAAGGUGAAAGCGAUCAAGUACAGCAUUGUAAUUAUCCUUGCAUUUAUUCUCUGUUGGAGCCCUUACUUUCUGUUUGAUAUCCUGGACAACUUCAACAUACUGCCUGAGACCAAAGAACGCUUCUACGCGUCUGUGAUUAUUCAGAACCUGCCAGCCUUGAACAGCGCCGUCAACCCUCUCAUCUACUGCUUCUUCAGCAACAGCCUCUGCCCCCCUUCUGAGGAAAGAAGGACUCAAAGGCUGGGGGGCACUUUCAGGGAAAGGAGUGAUGGAGGGCAGGAGAUGCAGGUCCUGUCAAAACCAGAAUACAUCUAGCACGGACAAUG